UAGUUAGGCGAACUUGACUCAGACAGGGCUCGUAUAAGGAUCUAAAAAUACACCAAAAGGUACUCUGGCCACUUCCUCGAUCCCAACCGACUAAAGCCGCCGCUAAAAAUAGAAAUUUCAUUUUUAAUUCCGCUGUUGAAACUCACAUAAACUAGUAUAAAUAUUGCCGAACAGUUUUAACAUUAUGCCUUUGGACAGAGAAAGAUCUUUCAGGAUGAGUGCCAGGUCGAAAGGACCAAUAAGGCACUACCACGUGCCGAAACAGAAAAAACACAAAGAAAAACUAAUCGAUUGUUGUCGAAAAAUGAUGACUUUCAUGUGCACUCAAGUGGGAGUCGGAGCUUUGGUUAUCGGAUACACCGUUAUCGGGGCCUUCGGUUUCAAAUAUAUCGAGCUGCAAGGCUCGAACAACACGGAAAUCCUGCAGGUGGCCCGAAUCAGAAACGCUACGGUGAAGGAGCUAUGGAAAGCUGUGGAAAAGAAUAAUAUUUUUGAGAGAAGAGAGUUUAAUUAUGACGUCGGUAAUGUUUUGUUUCAGCAUCAGCUUGAGGUGGUAAAAGUGUUUAAACAUGGUUAUGAUGAAAGACUGACCAAAGAAAUAUGGACUUUCCCGGCAGCUCUGAUGUUCUGCCUCAGCAUUAUCACCAUGGUGGGUUAUGGCAAUAUGGUACCUAAAACCAAAGAGGGGAAAAUUUUGACUAUGGUAUACGCUUUGUUCGGAAUACCUUUGUAUAUAUUAUACUUUAAGAACAUGGGGAAAAUAUUGGCGGGCAGUUUUAAAUGGAUUUAUAGGCGUUUGUAUGAGUGUUCCACUGAGCAAGACGAGGAGAGCCAAAGGAAGAAGAUUAUUGUGCCAAGCACUGCCUGUCUUUGGGUUAUUUUUGCAUAUAUUUUAACUGGAGCCAUAAUGUUUAGUGAAUGGGAAAAGUGGGACUUUUUAGACUCCACCUAUUUCUGUGUCACAUCACUUGGUAAAGUUGGUUUUGGUGAUUUGGUGCCUGGAGCCGAUGUCACCGCUUAUAAUGAUGGAAACCAAACUAAGUUAAUCAUUAAUUUCAUAUAUAUUUUAUUAGGUCUGGGUUUAGUAGCAAUGUGUUACAACUUAAUGCGAGAAGAAAUCAAGGAAAAACUGAGGGAAAUGAAUGAGGAUUUCACCCAAUGUUUGGAAGAUACCAAAAUUCGGUUUUUGAUUUGUUGUCAAAAAUGUCGAAAAAAACCGGAAGUGGAUGAAAUGUAUGAGGAGUAUUCAAUGUAGAGAAUUUUAUUUGUACAGUUUUUAGAUGUAUAUAUUUUCAUAAUAAAGAAAUUAAAAUAUUUACUAGA